AUGAUAUCACUCGACACUAUAUUCAAGGUUUUUAAACUCCCAAUUAAUAUUGCUUGCGUGAUUUUAAAGUAUCCCUUCUUUGGAGGAUCCGGUUUGAAGUUUAAGAAUGAUUUGCGCAAUUCAAUCAAAUUGACGGUAGUUAGGUUUGUGUUGUCAUUAUCGCUUAAAGACAGUGUUUAUGUUGCUAAAAAAUCAACUCAGCAGGUCAUUAACGGAUUGAAACCAGCAUACCCAAGAUUGACUAACUUGAACAAUUAUGGAAAAUCAUAUGAUAAACUCAACGUGUGGCUCGUUGAAGCUGAAAACAGAUCCAAAACAGAUCCAAUUAUCAUUUAUCUCCAUGGUGGUGGAUAUAGACUCAACACUAAUCUGGAUCAGGUUAAAUCAUUGUUGAAUGCGUAUUAUUUACUUGAAGAGGAGAAGAGAAAGAAGACAUCGGUCUUGUGUCUUGACUAUAGCUUGGCAUGCUAUGGACACCUUGUUGGAACACAAUUGCAUGAAUUGGCAGCCACAUAUAGAAAAUUAGCAUCACAAGGUAACACCAACUUUGUUUUGAUGGGAGAUUCGGCCGGUGGUAACUUGGCAAUCACAUUCUUGCAGUAUUUGAAACAAGAAAAUGACCCAGCAUUGCCAUGGCCAAGGUCAACGGUCUUGGUCAGCCCUUGGGUUAAGAUUGUUCCCGAUGCCUAUCAACUCACUCCAGGUCACUCAUUCUAUGAAAAUGAGAAGUACGAUAUGUUGAAAGGGUCUAUUUCUAGAGGUGGAGAGAGAAGGAAAGGGUUGUUUGGUGAUAGUAACUACGCUGACUUGUUGAAGUCUCCUGGGAACUUACCAUACAAUGCUAGUGAUUGGAGUGAUAUUCCAACUUUUAACAAUAAAGGUUACUCUACAUUUGUCAUAGUGGGUGAGCAUGAACUAUUUAGGGAUGACAUUUGCGAGUGGGCCAAGUAUGCACUCAAAUCUCAAUUGAUUGUGCCAAAGCAAGAUUCAAGGGGAAUUUUCAAUCCUAAGUUAUAUGAAUACAAGUCUUCUGGGAACGACGAAGCGUAUAUUGAUGUUGUUCUUGAGCCAUGGGGAAUCCACAUAUCUCCGUUACUUUUUGAAGAUGAAGUGACUCAGCAGUUGGAAAAACAGCCAAGUUUGACCUUAAAGGAUUUGGAUCAAGACAAGUUUUUGGGAACUGCAAAGAUUGCCCUGUUCUUGAAUGAAGUGUUGUAA